AACGGAGGAACCAAUGGGUGCGAGACGUUGAGUGACAGCUGUCCAAUGGAGGCCCUCCGUGCUAGUACGGCUUGCGGCUUAAGCGCCGCCGCGGUCUGAGGAAUGUCAACUAUUCAACAUGGAGGCGGAGGUCGAUAAGCUGGAACUGAUGUUCCAGAAAGCUGAGUCUGAUCUGGAUUACAUUCAGUACAGGUUGGAAUAUGAAAUCAAGACUAAUCAUCCUGAUUCAGCAAGCGAGAAAAAUCCAGUUACACUCUUAAAGGAAUUGUCAGCAAUAAAGUCUCGAUAUCAAACUUUGUAUGCCCGCUUUAAACCAGUUGCUGUUGAGCAGAAAGAGACUAGGAGCCGCAUAUGUGCUACUGUGAAUAAAACUAUGAAUGUGAUACAAAAACUACAGAAGCAAACAGACCUGGAGCUGUCACCACUGACUAAAGAAGAGAAAACUGCGGCAGAGCAAUUCAAAUCUCACAUGCCAGAUUUAUGAAGAAAUGGAUCUGGAAAGGAAACUAACAGAGAAGAGCUUAAUUCCAGAGAAAUUUAGGAAGACGUUUUGUUAACCCCUGAUGUCUAGAGAUUGGGGGCUGGUGAAGGAGGUUUGGCUUCAAUGACUGGAUAAUGAUGUCUUUCAUGAGAGAGACUAUAAGGGCAGAUAAUAUAUGAAUAAAGUUCAGCCAAAAGGGUCAAAGGAGAAUAAAAUGAUUUAAAUAUAUGUAUACACGCAUGCACACACACACUUAGUCUUGUAAUUUUAGGCAAGAACGUCUCAACACUAUUUUGCAUCUGUUUUCUUUUUCUAAGUCAUGAUAAUGUAGAUGUUCUGGUCUAUCAUAAAAGAAUGUUUAUGUACAUUUCAGUCAUUCGAUAUGCAGCUUUGGAAAUUAAAGUAUAGGUAAAAUAUUUGUAUUACACAUUAUAUAUAGUUUCAUUUUGUAAAUGUUGAUUGCGCAUGUGGCCACAUUAUUGUUGAGACUGCUUUUAUGUGACCUGUAGUCUCCCACAAAACCUAAAGUAAUAAGCUGGCUUUUCUGUGAUAGCCACUUUUGCGUAUUUUUUUUCCCUAUUUCCCUUGCCUGCUAAUGUUGAGCAGCAUGAACUUGCUUUCUGAGGCUGUUUUAGACUGUCCCUGUUGUAUUUCAAUAAUACCUUUGUUUUCCUUCAGCCUUUAUUACUGUAAUUGUUCAUUCUACAUGAAAGUUAAGAAACGAAAUUAGAAGAGCACUUACCUGCUACUUGCCAGUUUUGUGAGUGUGCUAUAUGUGUCAAUUUCCCUUUAAAAUAACUAUUUAUUUUAAAAUAACUAUUGGCAAUAAGGAAACUGUUCAAAGUAGAGGCAGAUCUUGAUACAAAGAUGUUAAUCACAGGGUUGUUUAUGAUAGCAAUGUACAUACACAUUUGGCUGGUACUAGGUGUAGGAAAAUAAAUCAUGUUGAUGUAUACAAUAAGAGGUCAAGUUGCCAAUAAAUUAUUACUGUUAAUGUUCUGGGAAAUGCUGAAACUAUGCUAAGUGGGGGAGAGGGAAAGCAGGUAUUGCAGUUUUGUAAUGAAGAUUGGGCUUUGGAGUCAUAUCUGAGAUGUAAGUAGCAGGUUUUAAAUUCUAGCUAUGACCCUGGGCAGAUCACUUAACUUUUGAGUAUCAGAAUGUUUGGAGGAACAAGACAGUAAAGUGUUUUAAUACAGGGUUCAGUAUUUAGUAAGCCUUCUUCCUCUAGCUCUAGAUCCUUAUUUCCAAUAAAAUCCCCUACCUGAAUAUUGAAAUUAAACAUGUCCAGAAUACUUACUGAUUUUACUGUUAAUAGCCACUAUUCUGUUGUCUGAAAUUAAAACCUGUAUAACUAACUUGCAUCCCUUUAUCUUCUUAGUCAAUAAAACCUACAAUUCUCUCUC